AUGGGGUUUCCAGUUCUUCUUGCCCUCGGCCGGAUAACCCACCCUUGGGUGGUUCGAAGAAGAGGAGGUGCGAUCGACGGAAUGCGUCAAAGAGGAAGACAACGUCGAGAGGCUGAUGGCGAGGGACAGCAGGGAGCUGCUCCUGAGGUUGGUCCGCAGCAUCCGGCAUUUCCCGGAGGACCUACUGAUACAUCUUUAUUGGUUAGAUAUCAGAGGCACGUUGCCUGUCAUUUAUGGUUGGGCGAGGAGAGACGACCAAAGCCGACCUUAAAGGUUGCUGCACAUGGCAGCAAAUUAAUAGGAUGGGUUCCGGCAAUGCUCCCAAGGCAGAUGGAAAAUUGGUUAGUUGCAUCUGGCCUGUCAUCUUUGCAGCAUACUAGUUUGGCCAGGAUAGAUACGCAUCUAUUAUCUGCUUUUGUUGAGAGAUGGCAUCCUGAAACAUCGUCAUUUCAUAUGCCGUUCGGCGAGAUGACCAUCACGCUAGACGAUGUUUCUUGUCUUCUUCAUGUACCGAUUAGGGGCCAGCUGGUUGACCCCGAUGUUGUUGUCACCGAUUAUGAUGCUAUCCAUCUAGCUGUUGAGUUGUUUGGUGUUUCGCUGAGUGAUGCAACUACAGAGGCUUCUGCUGUAAGGGGUCCUUACUAUAAAUUGGAUUGGUUGAAGCAAGUUUUUGAGCAACAAAGAGCUGCGAAUAACUUUACAGGCGCUAUGAGAGCAUACAUGAUGUUGCUAUUAGGUUGUACCAUUCUUGCCGACAAGACUUUUACUCUUGUCGAGGCAAAAUAUCUUCCACUUUUGAGAGAUUUGGAUACUUGUGGAAGCUAUUGCUGGGGGGCAGCUGCACUGAUUACUCUGUACAGAUACUUAGGGGAUGCCUCAUUUUAUUCAUGCAAGCAGCUUGGCGGUUAUGCCUCUCUUCUUCAGUGUUGGAUUCAUGAGUACUUUCCAAUUGUUGGAAAGAGAGGUACUUCUGGGUUAUGUGGCAUUGAUAGUCCGAUGGCUAGGGCGAUGAAAUGGGAAUAUAGGCAGGGGACGCAAAAAUUGGCUGACAUCCGAGCUGUAUGCUUGCGUCAAUUUGGAUACAGACAGUACAUACUGACUGCUCCUCCUAAUGUAGACACACUUGAUGUGGAUGUUGAGUGGGCUACAUAUAUGCAGAGUGUGUUGCAGGUGACCCGAUCCCACGAUGAUCCCCGAGCUGCUUUUGCCACCAUGCCAUACGAGACAGACGAUGAUUAUUUGCCGUGGUAUUAUAUGGUGUCACAUCCUCGUUUGAGAGCACCACAGGAUGAUGAGCCGAUGGAGGUACCAGUGCCUGUCUAUGACGAAGGACCGUCAGACCCGAGAUUAUCAUAUAUAUCUCAUGAGCUUCAUCAUUACUUACAGCGUCAUCAGGCUGUUCCUGAAGACGAACAGUUUCUGGAGAUAUUUAGAGCACUCAGACUUGCACAGGACGGACCAUUACCUAGGGAAGGUCCAAUUACUUAUGACAAUGAGUCUGAUUGA